AUGGGGAAGGAGAAGACGGUGGCACUGGAGCGUGCGAAGAAAGCGACGGCGAAGGCGAAGGGGAAGAAAUCCAGCCGGGGCGGAUCUUCCUCGAGGUCUGGCCUGCCGCCGGGCGGGAUCCAGGGCGACUGGAUUCGCUCGGCGAUCCGUCAGGACGACAUCGACGACUUGGCUCUGACUGAGAUGUACUGGAUGCCCAAUGGGGAGCAGGAGCAGGACCCAGAGGGAGAGGCGAGCGGAGGCCAAAGCGGCGAGUGGCAUUCUGACGGUGAAGGGGAUGAGGAGAGCGACGAUCCGAGUGAUGAAGAGGAGGUCGACUCACCUCCCCGCAGGGAAAGGCGAUCCAAGCUCACUCACGAUCCCGCAAGCGCCCGCGACAAGAAAUCUUGUGAUCUUGGAGCUCGUUUUGCUGACCUGGAGAAGCAGCAGAUUCAACUCAACCUCGAUCUAGAGCUGGCCAAGACAGAUCUGCAGAAAGCCAAGGAAGACGCCGCUGAGAAACUGGACCAAGCUCUGGCGAGAAAAGAUCAAGAUCUGGCGGCCGCGCAGAAAAAAGCUGAUGAGAAAACCGCUCUAGCUGAACAGAAGUUGGCUUCAGUCGGCAAAUUGGAGGAAGAAAACGCCAAGCUAAAAGCUGCUCUGGACGAAGCCAAUAAGGAAGUAACUCGCCUGAAGAAGGACAAGGACAAUCUGAACGAGAAGAUGGAAAGCAUUGCUCGUAGGAGGAACGAUCUGGAGAGUUAUCUAGGAAGCCUUGCUAAGAAGUUGUUCGUCAUGCUUGAAGGAAUGGAAGAAGUCCUCUGCCCGGUGCGGCGUUGA